AUGGGGCAACUAAUGAAGAAGAACCCAGAGUCCCGGAUCUGUUACCUAGAAGGCUUAUGGAGUAACAUCUUUGCUGUGAAUCUGCUUGAUGUUUGGAAUGCCUUGAGCAGUUCAGAUGAAUUUUGGCAGCAACAUAUCCGAGACAAAAUAAAGAAUAUUGAGAAAAAGCAUGUUCUGUCUAAGAGCUCUUCCUGCCUGGGAGCAUCUUGGAUAAAUCCUACAGGGAUGCUGUCUAAAAUAAUUACGGAUAUUUUAACUGAUCGCCCACUACACCAUCAUAUCCAUAACUUCCUAAGAGGCCUCCAGUUUCACAAAGACUACUAUGAACAGAGCCCAUUUCCUACGUGGAACGACUGUCAGCUGGACUUAUUCCCUAUUCAACUAACACCAUCAGAAGAUGACCUGUGUCUUGUUGAUGCUGCCUAUUUCAUCAAUACCAGUUGUCCACCACUCUUGAGGAAGGAGAGGAAUGUGGAUAUCAUCCUGUCAUUUGAAUACUCCUUGAGCACAGCAUUUGAGGUUAUUCAAUUUGAUUUAUCUUUUUGCUAG